CCUGGCGGGAGGGGGCGGAGCCUGCGGCGCGCUGGCGCGCCUCUCCCCCCGCCCAUCCCGCGCCGCUAUCGGCGGCCCCGUCCCGGUGCCGGUGCCGGGUCCCGGGUCCCGGUGGCGGUCCCGGUGCCGGUCCCGGCCAUGCCCCCCGCCCGUGCCGAUUACCUGGCGCCCUGGUGGGCGGCCUGGCUGCAUGGGGUGCCGCACCGCGACCUGCGCCUGCAGCCCGUGCCCGCCGCCUUCCGCCCGCGGGACCCCGAAUACCAGCAGUCGCUGCUGUUCCUGGGCUUGGUGGCCGCCGUCUGCCUCGGCCUCAACCUCCUCUUCCUCACCUCCUACCUGCUGUGCCUGUGCUGCUGCAAGAGGGACGAGGAGCCCGACCCCAAGCGGCCCCACUCCUGCUGUGUCACCUGGAUGGCCGUCACCGCCGGCCUCAUCUGCUGCACGGCCGUCGGGAUCGGCUUUUAUGGGAACAGCGAGACCAACGAUGGGGUCUACCAGCUCCUCUACGCCCUGGACAACGCCAACCACACCCUGACCGGCAUCGACGCCCUGGUCGCGGGCAGCACGCAGCGGCUGCGGGGGGGGCUGGAGCAGCACCUGGGGAGGCUGAGCGAGGUGCUGGCCCCCCGGGCCGACUACCUGCAGACCCUCAAGUUCCUCCAGCAGCUGGCAGCCACCGUGAUCCUACAACUUUCGGGGCUGCCCCCCUGGCACGGGGUCAGCGCCCAGCUCACCACCCUGGCCGCCCGUGCUGCCUACGUGGAGUAUUACCGGUGGCUGGCUUACCUCCUCUUCUUCAUCCUCGUCCUCGCCGUCUGCCUGCUGGGCUGCCUGGGGCUGGCCAAGCGCUCCCGCUGCCUCCUCACCGUGAUGCUGUGCUGUGGGCUCCUCACCCUCGUCCUCAGCUGGGCUUCCAUGGCCCUGGACACGGCGGCGGCGGUGGGCACCAGCGAUUUCUGCGUGGCCCCGGACAAGUUCAUCAUGAACCAGACAGAGAGCGAGAUCAGCGCGGAGGUGGCUCACUACUACCUGUACUGCGAGCAGAGCCUCAGCAACCCCUUCCAGCAGGCUCUCACCGUCCUCCAGCACUCGCUCACCACCAUGCAGAUCCAGACCCAGGGGCUGAUCCAGUUCGCUCUGCCCCUCUUCCCCACGGCUGAGAAAGACCUCCUGGGGGUCCAGCAGCUCCUCAACGCCUCGGAGACCAGCCUGCACCAGCUCACGGCCAUGCUGGACUGCCGGGGGCUGCACAAGGACUACCUGGACGCCCUGAUCGGCAUCUGCUACGACGGGGUGGAGGGGCUGCUCUACCUCGUCCUCUUCUCCCUGCUGGUGGCCGCCUCCUUCUCCACCAUCAUCUGCGCCACGCCGCGCGCCUGGAAGCACUUGGCGGGCAGGGAUCGGGAUUACGAUGACAUGGACGAGGAGGACCCCUUCAACCCGCAGGCGCGCCGCAUCGCCGCGCACAACCCGGCGCGGGGGCAGCUCCGCAGCUUCUGCAGCUACAGCAGCAGCCUGGGCAGCCAGAGCAGCCUGCACCCCCCCGCGCAGACCAUCUCCAACGCCCCCGUCUCCGAGUACAUGAACCAAGCCGUGCUCUUCGGGGGGAACCCACGCUACGAGAACGUGCCCCUGAUCGGCAGGGGGUCUCCCCCCCCCACGUACUCCCCGAGCAUGCGAGCCACCUACCUGGCCGUCACCGAUGAGCACGUCAGGCCCUUCAACACCGAAUUCCCAGCCUAGUGCUGGUCCCUGAGCCACUCUGUGGAGGAGAAGAAGCCCCCAGUGCUCCCGUGACGGAAACCAAAGACCCCCGGCUCCCCACACCACGGGUCCGGGGCAGCCCCCCCGGGAGAGGCGGACGAGCCGUUGGCUGAUGGAGCCCCCCAAGGCCCCCCUCUCCUCCCUCGGCAGCUUCUGCUGGCUCUCACGUCUUCCUGCCUGCCUUACGGGACGCGUCCCGGCACUCACAGCGGGUCUCCGGCCGGCAGAGGGGCUGGGUUUGGGUCGUGCCCACCGCCUUCUCCCCCCUUCCCACCCGUGCCAGCUUUGGGGUUUUCAUGCCACGGAUGGGGGCCGCGUUUUGGCUUCCUUUUUUUUUUUCUGGAGGGGGAAGAUCAGGGCUGUGGGCUGCCUGCCCCGCGUGCUCCUUCCCCCCCGCUAGCAAUGCAGACCCGACCACUAGUGAUCCCAACGCCUUCCCCGCGUCCCCCCCUGCUGCCCCCUGGCCCUGGGUUUGGGGUGUGGGAUGGGGAUGGUUUUGGCCUUGCUGUUUUUUCUGUGCUUCGUGUCUGGGUUUUAGGUGGCACACAGCGGCCGAGGUGUUCAGCUGGGGCUGUGGGCAUUUUUGGGCAGCUCUGCUCCCUGGGGCAGGCUCCCCUCUUUGGUGCAGGAUGGCUCUGGGGUAACCACAACCCCCCCCUGGAGAGGUUUAGGGACUACUCAGGCAUCCCCAGAGCAGGAUUCAGCUGUGCCAAGAGGGGAAGGGACAUCCCCACCGUCCUGCCUGGCAUUGCCAGGGCUUGGGGCUAAGCAAGGGCUCAGCUCCUGGGAUGGAGCCAGGGAAGAACCAGCAGGGGCUGAACCAGAUCCUGUGUGGCUGUUCGUUUUGGCGUGGGCUGCCCCAAAAACCUCCAGGCUCCCGUGUUGCUGGUGUUGGUCGUCCAUCCCUCCCUGCUCAGCGAGCAGCACGGGCUGCCCGCGGGGCCAGCAGAGCCCUGCUGGGCUAUUACUUGAUGGCAGUGACUCACUGUGUCUUUUAAAGAUAACUUGUACAUAUCCUCUCGUCCCCCCUUACAUGUGACUAGCAUUACGUGCUGUUGGAACUUCCCAUUUUUUGUUUUUUUUUUUUAUUAUUUUUAUUUUUGCUUUUAACGUUUUGGUGUAACGGUACUGGUAGCAGAGCUGUUCCUCGACGCAUGUGAACUAACCUCAUUAGGGCUCCUGGGAGGAGUGGGAGUCCUGCCUGAUUUGUAUGUGCCCUUGAGGGGAAAAGACAAUAAACACUUGUACUAAACUCA